GGCGCGUCCUCCUGGCGAGCGGGCGCGGGCGCAUGAUGGCGGCGGCGGCGGGGAGCGCCAGCGGCGGCGGCAGUAGCAGCGGCGGCGGCAGCAGCAGCAGCAGCGACACGUCCAGCACCGGCGAGGAGGAGCGGAUGCGGCGCCUCUUCCAGACGUGCGACGGCGACGGGGACGGCUACAUCAGCAGGAAUGACUUGCUGAUGGUCUGUCGCCAAUUGAACAUGGAAGAGUCUGUGGCUGAGAUCAUGAACCAACUGGGCGCAGAUGAAAAUGGGAAGAUUUCCUUUCAGGAUUUUAUAAGAUGCCGCAUGCAGCUGGUUCGAGAAAUUAGGAAGGAAGAAGUGGGCCUCUCUGAGAAGUCAGACAACUCCUGUGAAAAGAAGCGACUGAGGGAUAGAAUUGCUUCCUGGCCCACGAGCAGUGACAACAGUUUGGGUGCCCUGUCAGCGGCCAGGGAGAGCUGGGAAUACGACUCGGGUGCCAGGGACCUCCAGAGCCCGGACCUGCAGAGUCAGCCGGCCCUGCAGAAGCUUCUUGAGUGCAGUGGCAGCAGCUUCGAACACCAGCAGGCCGCCGCUCUGCACAAACUGCUCGCACAGGCCCCACACGUCGGCGACUCUGUGGGAGGAAGCUACCUAGAACUGGCCAACACACUCCACUUGGCAGCCCUGGCAUCACUCAAGGGAGACAUAGUGGAGCUUAAUAAACGACUGCAGCAAACAGAGCGGGAACGGGACCUUCUGGAAAAGAAAUUGGCCAAGGCACAGUGUGAGCAGUCCCACCUCCUGAGAGAGCAUGAGGAUGUCCAGGAGCGGACGACGCUGCGCUACGAGGAGCGCAUCACGGAGCUGCACAGCGUCAUCGCGGAGCUCAACAAGAAGAUAGACCGUUUGCAGGGCACCGCCAUCCGGGAGGAAGAUGAGUACUCAGAACUUCGAUCAGAACUCAGCCAGAGUCAACAAGAGGUCAACGAGGACUCUCGGAGCAUGGACCAAGACCAGACCUCUGUCUCCAUCCCUGAGAACCAGUCCACCAUGGUCACUGCCGACAUGGAUACCUGCAGCGACCUGAACUCGGAGCUGCAGCGGGUGCUGACGGGGCUGGAGAACGUCGUCUGCUGCAGGAAGAAGAGCAGCUGCAGCCUGUCCGUGGCCGAGGUGGACCGGCACAUCGAGCAGCUCACCACGGCCAGCGAGCACUGCGACCUGGCCAUUAAGACCGUCGAGGAGAUCGAGGGGGUCCUCGGCCGGGACCUGUAUCCCAACCUGGCUGAGGAGCGGUCCCGCUGGGAGAAGGAGCUGGCCGGGCUGCGGGAAGAGAACGAGAGCCUGACCGCCAUGCUGUGCAGCAAAGAGGAGGAGCUCAACCGGACCAAGGCCACCAUGAACGCCGUCCGGGAGGAGCGGGACCGGCUCCGGAGGAGGGUGCGGGAGCUUCAGACCCGACUGCAGAGCGUGCAGGCCACAGGGCCCUCCAGCCCCGGCCGCCUCACUUCCACCAACCGCCCCGUGAACCCCAGCACCGGGGAGCUGAGCACGAGCAGCAGCAGCAAUGACAUCCCCAUCGCCAAGAUUGCUGAGAGGGUGAAGCUAUCCAAGACCAGGUCCGAGUCCUCCUCGUCUGAUCGGCCCGUCCUGGGCUCAGAAAUCAGCAGCAUCGGGGUAUCCAGCAGCGUGGCGGAGCACCUGGCCCACUCCCUUCAGGACUGCUCCAACAUCCAAGAGAUCUUCCAGACGCUCUACUCACACGGAUCUGCCAUCUCCGAAAGCAAAAUCAGAGAGUUUGAGGUGGAAACCGAGCGGUUGAACAGCCGCAUCGAACACCUCAAAUCGCAAAAUGACCUCCUGACCAUAACCCUGGAAGAAUGCAAAAGCAACGCGGAGAGGAUGAGCAUGCUGGUGGGCAAAUACGAGUCCAACGCCACAGCCCUGCGGCUGGCCCUGCAGUACAGCGAGCAGUGCAUAGAAGCCUACGAACUCCUCCUGGCGCUGGCCGAGACCGAGCAGAGCCUCAUCCUGGGGCAGUUCCGGGCGGCAGGCGUGGGCUCCUCCCCUGGAGACCAGUCGGGGGACGAGAACAUCACUCAGAUGCUGAAGCGAGCCCACGACUGCAGGAAGACGGCGGAGAACGCGGCCAAGGCCCUACUCAUGAAGCUGGACGGCAGCUGCGGGGGCGCCUUCGCCGUGGCCGGCUGCAGCGUGCAGCCCUGGGAGAGCCUGUCCUCCAACAGCCACACCAGCACGACCAGCUCCACGGCCAGCAGCUGUGACACGGAGUUCACGAAGGAGGACGAGCAGAGGCUGAAGGACUACAUCCAGCAGCUCAAGAACGACCGGGCGGCGGUGAAGCUGACCAUGCUGGAGCUGGAGAGCAUCCACAUCGACCCUCUCAGCUACGACGUCAAGCCCCGGGGAGACAGCCAGCGGCUGGACCUGGAGAAUGCGGUGCUGAUGCAGGAGCUGAUGGCCAUGAAGGAGGAGAUGGCGGAGCUGAAGGCCCAGCUCUACCUGCUGGAGAAGGAGAAGAAGGCCCUGGAGCUGAAGCUGAGCACCCGGGAGGCCCAGGAGCAGGCCUACCUGGUGCACAUCGAGCACCUCAAGUCCGAGGUGGAGGAGCACAAGGAGCAGCGCAUGCGGUCCCUCAGCUCCACCAGCAGCGGCGGCAAGGACAAGUCCGGCAAGGAGUGUGCUGACGCUGCCUCCCCCGCUCUCUCCCUGGCCGAGCUCAGGACCACGUACAGCGACAGCGAGCUGGCCGCAGAGUUCGCCAGCGCCAUCCGCCGAGAAAAGAAGUUGAAGUCCAGAGUUCAGGAGUUGGUGAGUGCCUUGGAAAGACUCACCAAGAGCAGUGAAAUCCGCCACCAGCAAUCAGCGGAGUUUGUGAAUGACCUGAAGAGAGCCAACAGCAACCUGGUGGCUGCCUAUGAGAAAGCAAAGAAGAAGCAUCAAAACAAACUCAAGAAGCUGGAGUCUCAGAUGAUGGCCAUGGUGGAGAGACAUGAGACCCAAGUAAGGAUGCUCAAGCAAAGAAUAGCUCUGCUAGAGGAGGAGAACUCCAGGCCUCACACCAAUGAAACUUCUCUUUAACUACUUGGCACUCGGGCACCAAAGUCCUACCAGUGGAAGCUAAAUUAUAGCAGGUCACUGGAGAGAGAAAGGCUCCAGGUGACAGAGUACCUGUUGGGAAAAUUAAGGAGAUUGGCAGGUAGGUCAGCACUAGGACAACAGAGCACCGUGAACUCAGCCCUGGAGGUGAGCAUCCCUGGUGACACUGUACAGACCACCCCCCAAGGAUCCUGUUCCUCCACUACCGGCCCAUGGACCGCAUGUAAAUACCCGCUGUGCGCGCCACGCUCAGCAGGCCUUGCUGUUGCUUCCGGCACUGGCUUUGUCAUGCUCCCACCUUUCCUGCGUCAGUGGUGUCCCAGGCAUUUGUCUUAUUGGAUUUUCCACCCUUUCCUUCGGUUUGGCAGACAGUGACCUCAUCUCUGGCAUCCUGAUUUCUCCUUUCGUUCUCCUCCAGGGGAAUGGGGGGGCCUUCAUGUCUAGAUUUGCUUACUGAAGGCUUUGGUUUUCAACUCUAAGAUACAGGUUGCCACUUAGAUGCUCUGGGAGGCAGAUUAAAGGAAAAAGGCAGAUAGCUGUUUCAGUCCCAGAUAUGAAGUUAUAGGUAAAGCAGGCACAGGCUUGUGCCUGAACAAUUCUGUAUGGAAGAAUGAAAUUGCCUUCAGCUCUCACUUUGGUAUUGCCCCUAUCAAGUGGAGCCUUAUCAAUAGCCAAGGCUUGGCGCUGACAGAAUCCUGUUGAUAUGUGUAUUGCAACUAAAAUUGCAUCUAAUUUUUUUCAGAGCAGAGGAACAUUUUUAGUACUUUCCACCCACCCCAGAGGACUACAUAAUUGCUAUUUGUAUGAAUCAAAGUUCAUCCACAAAUUAUAUGUAGCUCUGGGCCUGCCUCUAAUUUCUGUAAAGGAAGGAGUUUCGCAGGCUGAUCCCACCCAUUUAAGAGAUUUCUACUGACCUGCCAGUUCGACUCUGCUCCCAAGGCUAUGAAGGGCAGGGGUGAGGGAAUGGUCCUUGAGGCCUCCUUUUCUCCCCGGAGACGUGGUGAUGGUUAGCAUAUGGUGCUUAAACAGGUAAAAUCUCAACAAAAUGGUGGCAGGGCAGGACCAAAGUACCUGAAUUCUUUCAGGAAGGGCUUCCAUCUUAAAUUCAUCAUUUCUUUCCUAUUGUAACCUUCACCCUUUCACUUACUAUAGUUGCCCUACAGAGAUUUUAUUUUCAAGGACCACUUGCCAUUUAUUCUAUAGUACCUAAUGUCCACCCCAAUGCCAGUUUUGCUUAUGACAGGUAAUUACGUCCCCAAGCUAAAUGUUUUCAGAGAGCAUGAAUCCAAGUCCUCAGCCUUCGGCACAAUGGACAAGGACACUCUAGCCACAACCUUGGAGGGCAGAGUUUUAUCCCAAAAGCAACCAACUUUCUCAGGUAAGCAGUGAGGCUGCCCAAUCUAAAAAAAAAAAAAAAAAAAAAGUCAACUGGAAUCGGUCUGGAA